UUGUCUCCUGGGGUGUGUUGUUGUUGUGCCUUAAAGCAGCUCUGAGGGUAAAAUAGACCCGCAGAGGAGGAAUUCCCCUUCCUGGUUCCUGGUUUCGCCGCGUGACGUCACUGCGGCAGCAGCAGAAGUGGUUUCGCUGCUGUGAGCGAAGCGAAGCGAAGCUCCAUGAUGCUGGGUGUCUCUGCUGUCCCUGCUGCCGGGCUGCUGCUGCUGCUGGCGGCCUGCCCCCCCCCGGGGCUCGGCCUCUACUUCCACAUAGGGGAGACGGAGAAGAAGUGCUUCAUAGAGGAGAUCCCGGAUGAGACCAUGGUGAUCGGAAAGUACCGCACUCAGCUGUGGGACAAGACCAGCGGCUCCUUCCUGCCCGCCACGCCCGGUCUGGGCAUGCACGUAGAGAUCAAAGACCCAGAUACCAAGAUUAUCCUCUCUCGUCAGUACGGAUCAGACGGACGCUUCACCUUCACCUCCCACACUCCUGGAGAACACCAGAUCUGUCUGCACUCCAACUCCACCAAGAUGGCUCUGUUCGCUGGAGGGAAGCUGAGGGUUCACCUGGACAUCCAGGUGGGAGAACACACCAACAACUACCCAGAGAUCGCUGCUAAAGACAAACUGACGGAGCUGCAGCUGAGAGUCCGACAGCUGCUGGACCAGGUGGAGCAGAUCCAGAAGGAGCAGAACUACCAGAGGUACCGUGAGGAACGUUUCCGCAUGACGAGUGAGAGCACCAACCAGAGGGUCCUCUGGUGGUCCAUCGCUCAGACCCUCAUCCUCAUCGUCACCGGCAUCUGGCAGAUGAAGCACCUCAAGAGCUUCUUUGAGGCCAAGAAGCUGGUCUAACACCUGAAACACCUCAAACACCUGAAACACCUCAAACACCUGUAAAACACCAGCUGACAGGUCCGACAGGUCUGACCAGGAGCCAUGAGGUCUCGUGCUGCGUUCAGUUGCACUCGAAAUUCCGACAUCCGAGGUAAAUUCUUUCCAUUGCUCAACCUCUGAAAACAACAUGGCCGCCACAGCAGAGUGAUGUUAGUUUGUUUUUCUUUGAAGAACAUCAGCUACCUAAUAUGGGAAAAACUAUAAUAUUUAUUUUUUACACUUGUACUGAGCUUUUUGGUCUCUCUUACUUGCAAAUUCCAAAUUUCAACCCUAGAGAAUAUUGGAGGAUAUUACAUACAGCCAGAAUGUGUAAAAAAAACAUACGGAAAUAAUAUUUUGAGAAAAAAGUUUACGAGAUUAAAGUGGCAAAUCUACGA